UGAUGUUUUUUUUUUCUUAAUUAAAUUGUUGAACAUUGCAGGUUAUUACUUAAAUCUUUCCCCUAACUUACCUGACCCUGAUUGUGCCUUAUAUCUGCUAUCUGUACAUAUAUAGCUAAAAUAAUUAAAAAUCUUGCUAUUUAUAUGGUAAUAAUCUACUAACAUUUUAUAAUAUAAAGCUGUGGUAUUAUAUAGUGUGUGAUUAAUAAUUGGGCCAUUUCUUUUAUUGGAGUGGUGGAUACUAAAGGUCAGUGCAGCGCCGUGGAUCUGGUAUCUGUGUUUCCACAGCAACACAUAUUGAAUUACCUCAAGGGUUUCAGGUGGUGGACUUUAAACAGGUGGAGGUGGCAGGUGACGCAGGCUACAGAGAACUCUGUCUUUCCUGGAAAGGAACAAAGCAACUGCACAAAUGGCUAAAUUCUUCACACCGGUUCAAAUCAACGAGUUCAAGGAGUGUUUCUCCUUGUAUGACAAGAAGCAAAAGGGCAAGAUUGAUGCCAAAGAUCUGGUUACAGUUAUGCGCUGCCUGGGUGCAAGUCCCACAUUUGGUGAAAUUGACAGGCAUCUAAAAGUUCACAAAAUCGAAAAGACAGGAGAGCUGGACUUUUCAACGUUCCUGACAAUGAUGCACAGACAGAUGCAACAGGAAGACCCCAAGACAGAAAUCCUGGAGGCCUUGAGGAUGAUAGACAAGCAGAAGAAAGGAUACAUCCAGGCAUCCGAGCUUCGGGCCAAGCUCACCAUGUUAGGAGAGAAACUGACGAACAAAGAAGUGGAUGCGCUCUUCAAAGAGGCAAACAUCAAGUCAGAUGGGAUUGUCAGAUAUGAGGAGUUCACCCAGAUAGUGACGCUGCCACCUGUCGAUUACUGAUUUCUCAAGGAGAGAACUUCCAAAACGAUAGCCAUGGUGGAGAGCUGACUUUACAUACACUGAGUUGCAGUUUGCAGAGAUCACAUACAGUACUGUGUUAAAUCUACAUGCUGAGACUGGCAGCUGGUGGUCAUGUAAUUAAAUUAGAACCUCUGGUUGGCAUGAACACAUUGUAAAGCACUGCUGUUAUGAUGUUUGGCAUGUUAUUCUUUACUGGGAUCAGACUUUAAAACCAUUAAAACCCUGGUAAACCUCAAAUGUGACCCUCCAAUCCAAACAAACUGGUCUGAAUUUAAUGUCUAGUUGAUCAUUGACUGUACAGCUGAAUGCUUUUUCUUCAUAUGCACAUGUGAUAAAAGCUGUGGAGUAUGAACAUACUGUCCUUUCCUGUUGAAAUUAUUUAUUUUAAACAAGGUCCUGCAUGUAGAGUUCCCAGACAUUUGACUUU